AUGUCCGAUUCCAACUGGAAACAGUCAUUGAAUCUCCCUGCAAAGGAUACCCGUGUACAGACCGAGGAUGUGCUCAACACAAAAGGUAAGUCCUUCGAAGACCUCAACUUGAAAAGAGAAUUGUUGAUGGGUAUUUUCGAGGCUGGUUUCGAGAAACCCUCUCCUAUCCAAGAAGAAUCUAUUCCCAUGGCCCUCGCAGGCCGAGACAUUUUGGCCAGAGCUAAGAAUGGAACGGGUAAGACCGCUUCCUUUGUUAUUCCUUCGUUGCAAUUGGUAAAGCCUAAAGUUCCUAAAACGCAGGCUUUGAUUUUGGUUCCAACCAGAGAGUUGGCUUUGCAGACAUCCCAGGUCGUGCGCACCUUGGGUAAACACUUGGGCAUCAACUGUAUGGUGACUACCGGAGGAACUAACUUAACCGACGAUGUUAUGCGUUUGAACGAACCUGUACACAUCUUGGUCGGUACUCCUGGUAGAGUCUUGGACUUGGCCUCUAGAUCCGUAGCCGACUUUUCCGAGUGUCCCUUGUUUGUCAUGGACGAAGCUGACAAAAUGUUGUCCAGAGAAUUCAAGAACGUCAUUGAGCAGAUAUUAUCAUUUUUCCCUAAGAACAGACAGACCUUGUUGUUCUCCGCCACCUUCCCUUAUGCUGUGAAGUCUUUCAUGGACAAGCACCUCACGAAACCUUAUGAGAUCAACUUGAUGGAUGAAUUGACUCUUAGAGGUAUCUCUCAAUUUUACGCCUUCGUUGAAGAGAAACAAAAAUUGCACUGUCUCAACACUUUAUUCUCCAAAUUGCAAAUCAACCAAUCGAUUAUAUUUUGCAACUCCACAAACCGUGUUGAGUUGUUAGCCAAGAAAAUUACCGAGCUUGGAUACUCCUGUUAUUACUCACAUGCUAAGAUGCCUCAGCUGGCAAGAAACAAGGUGUUCCACGAGUUCAGACAAGGAAAGGUCAGAAACUUGGUGUGCUCUGAUUUGUUAACUAGAGGAAUUGAUGUUCAGGCUGUCAAUGUCGUGAUCAACUUCGACUUCCCCAAGUCUGCUGAAACGUAUUUGCAUAGAAUUGGUCGUUCUGGUAGAUUCGGUCAUUUGGGUUUAGCUAUCAACUUGAUGAGCUGGAAUGACAGAUACAGUUUGUACCAAAUUGAGCAGGAGCUUGGAACUGAGAUCAAGCCCAUUCCUGCUGUCAUUGACAAGUCCUUGUAUGUGAACGAGAAUGAGGAAACUAUUCCAAGACCUUUCAAGCUUGAGGAGCUUCCAAGAGGUAAGGAGAGAAGAAAUCCAAACGGCAACGUUGGUAUCCCUCCAUCAAAUGGGGCAUUUGGCCAAGGACAGGCUCCAAAGGCCGCCCAAGCCCCUCAACCUUCAGCAGUACCUCAACCUCAGGCUUUGAAUCAAAGACCACAAGGCCACCAGGCACCUCAAGCUGGCCACCCAGCCCAUCCAGGCCAACAUCCACAACAAGCUGCACACCCUCAAGUUCCAGGAGGACAACUCCCACCAAUGCCUCCACAAGACGGUCAGUACCCUCAAUUCCCUCAUCCAUAUGGAUAUCCUGGGCAAUAUCAAAUGCCUCCUCAGUUCAAUGGUUACCCUAUGUAUGGUGGCCCUGUGCAACCGCAACAACCGCCACAACAACCGCAACAACCGCAACAACCACAACAACCACAACAAUCAAAGUAG